AAUCUGCGACUUGGUCUUGUUUGUGUGAGUUGUUAGACACGUCUUCUCUGCUGUCGAGCCGUGUGUGUGUGUGUGUCAGAGAUCAGUUUGUUGAAGAGACCAACUAUGCGGACCAUCUUCUUAUUGUUGGGCUUGUUGGUAGGUGAUUUUUGUUCUCUUUUGUUUUGUCAUGAACUUAUAGUGAUAAACUUGUUAAAUAGUUCUUUAAGAUUAAAAGACAAAAGAAAAAAAAAAUCAACUACAUUCUAUACCCUUAGUCAUUCCAGUUAAGUAAAUGACUUGUUUUUUCUCAUCGGUUCCACAAUUUCAAAUUAUAUUUGCUCAAACCGUUUAGUAAUAAAAUCUAUUUAAUAACUGUAAGGGCAUGAAAAAACCCAACGGACCAACAAAGAAACAACAACAACAAAAAUCAUUUUAAAAAGUUAGUCAAUUUAAUUUUAGUUUCACUCUUACAGUGUGUUCCCGAGAAAUAUAAAGAAUUAUUAUUAUUAUUCCUCCCACUCAGAGGCAACCAAAAAAAAAACGAUUUUAAAAAAAAUAUUUUUUUUUGAAUUACUUUUCAAUAAAAUCAAUUCAAAAUGUAUUUUAAAAAAAAAAUAAUAAUAAUAAUAAUAAAAUAAAUAAAAAUUAACUUUAAAUGACAUAGUUGGGACAACAUGGCAAUGACUUUGACAAGCAAGGAAUGUACUCUCUAACUCCGAAAAAAAAAGGAGCACCGAUGUCACUGUCCGGUGAUGUCUCGCUUUAUGCACUAGAAAUAUUUUCUCUCUCUCUCUCUCUCUCUCUCUGUAUAUAUAUAUCUCUUUAAUGUUACGUUGAUGAAAUACAUUCAAUACAUUCUCUCUGUUUAUCUCACUAUACUCCCCCCCCCGCAAUCUCCACCUUACUCAUUAUCGCUCUCCCCCCCCCCUCGACCUGUUGUGCUUGUCUUUUAUCAAUCACUUUGAACAUACGUUUCCAAUCAAGUCUUUUUAAUGUUACGUUGUUGAAAUACAUUCAAUACAUUCUCUCUGUUUAUCUCACUAUACUCCCCCCCCCUCAAUCUCCACCUUACUCAUUAUCGCUCUCCCCCCCCCCUCGACCUGUUGUGCUUGUCUUUUAUCAAUCACUUUGAACAUACGUUUCCAAUCAAGUCUCAAAUUAAAAUGUCAAAAUAUGCAUUAAAAUCAAAUUUGGAAUGUGCACCAAUUUUUUUUAAUUUUUAAAUUUAUUUUUAACAGUUUUAUUUUAAAUGUGCAUCAAAUAAAAUUUAAAAAAAUGUUCUUUAAAAACAAUAUUGGACGGGACAACGGUUGUCGGAUUAUAUUUUAAAAAAAAAAUUAAUAAAAUCUUAAUUUUUAUUAAAGUGAUGUGCUUAAAAAGACUUAAGUAAUAUUUUUGCAGAACGUCAAUCAGUUAUACCCCCAAAAAGUAGUCUUUAGAGCGCAUUUCACAUUGGCGGAAACAGAUCAUUACUUCAAUUUCAUAAUGCGUUUCUAUGGCCAUUAGAUCAGGGGCGUCAUCUCAGGUUUUUUUUUCAGGGGUUGGGAGCGACACCAAAACUUGGUCAGCUUGUUAAGUUGUUCAUUAGUGGAGGCGCCACAGUACACAGCCAUUUAAAUAAAACCUACGAAUUUCAAGAGGGUGGGUGGGGGGGGAUGCCCCACCCUGCCAUGCCCAAAUAACGUCCCUGCAUUAGAUGACUGCUUAUAAUUUAACGCUGAAUCCGAUUCAGCGUAUUCUACACUAAAACCCAAACAUCGUGGUGUCCACGGACUAGUCGAAAGAGCGAGGCCACCCGAUGAUUUCUGUUUCACGGCCUAAGUGAUUGGUCAUGUCAGAUUUGCUAUAUACACAUCUCUAUUUAUUAACUGCACUAUAGUAAUCCAAUCCACCAGGUUAAUACACAUCUACAUUUAUUAAAUACGCUAGUAAUCCAAUCCACCAAUUAGUUGAGCUUUAUACACAUCUAUAUUUAUCAACUGCACUAGUAAUCCAAUCCAUCAAUAAGUACUUGCUUUAUGCACACUUACAUUUAUUAACUGCGCUAGUAAUCCAAUCCAUCAAUAAGUACUUGCUUUAUGCACACUUACAUUUAUUAACUGCGCUAGUAAUCCAAUCCAUCAAUAAGUACUUGCUUUAUGCACACUUACAUUUAUUAACUGCGCUAGUAAUCCAAUCCACUAAUAAGUAUUUGCUUUUUACACAUCUAUAUUUAUUAACUCCAAUCCACCAGUUAGUACUUACAUUUAUCAACUACGCGAGUAAUCCAAUCCACUAAUAAGUAUUUGCUUUUUACACAUCUAUAUUUAUGAACUGCGCUAAUAAUCCAAUCCACCAGUUAGUACUUACAUUUAUCAACUACGCGAGUAAUCCAAUCCACCAGUUAGUACUUACAUUUAUCAACUACGCGAGUAAUCCAAUCCACCAGUUAGUACUUACAUUUAUCAACUACCCGAGUAAUCCAAUCCACCAGUUAGUACUUACAUUUAUCAACUACGCGAGUAAUCCAAUCCACCAGUUAGUACUUACAUUUAUCAACUACGCGAGUAAUCCAAUCCACCAGUUAGUACUUACAUUUAUCAACUACGCGAGUAAUCCAAUACAAAAUAUGUUUUAUAUUGUGUCUACAUCUCAUAGACCUUGUUCUUUCUAUCGUUCUUUCUUUCGUUCUUUCUUUCGUUCUUUCUUUCGUUCUUUCUUUCGUUCUUUCUUUCGUUCUUUCUUUCGUUCUUUCUUUCGUUCUUUCUUUCGUUCUUUCUUUCGUUCUUUCGUUCUUUCUUUCUUUCUUCUCUUUCUUUCUUUCUUUCGUUCUUUCUUUCGUUCUUUCUUUCGUUCUUUCUUUCUUUCUUUCGUUCUUUCUUUCUUUCUUCUCUUUCUUUCUUUCUUUCUUUCGUUCUUCCUUCCUUUCUUCCUUUCUUUCUUUCUUUCUUUCUUUCUUUCUUUCUUUCUUCUCUUUCUUUCUUUCUUUCUUCCGUUCUUCCUUCCUUUCUUCCUUUCUUUCUUUCUUUCUUUCUUUCUUUCUUUCUUUCUUUCUUUCUUUCUUUCUUUCUUUCUUUCUUUCUUUCUUUCUUUCUUUCUUUCUUUCUUUUCUUUCUUUCUUUCUUUCUUUCUUUCUUUCUUUCUUUCUUUCUUUCUUUCUUUCUUUCUUUCUUUCUUUCUUUCUUUCUUUCUUUCUUUCUUUUCUUUCUUUCUUUCUUUCUUUCUUUCUUUCUUUAUUUCUUUCUCUUUCUUUCUUUCUUUCUUUCUCUCUCUGUGUCUACACAUCUGUAUAUCUUUAUGUCGGUUUUCUGUAAGUUAAAAUUAUUUAAACACACCCCCGGAUUAUUCAAAGGUUUCCCGUGACACGAGUUUCACCUAUGACACGAUACUCUCAUUUUGACGUCAUUCUCCAGGUCCUGUUCGUGACCAUCAGUCCCUCAGAGCAGCGUCGGCGCUUUCCGAAACACAGAAAACCAGCACCCCAACAGGCGGCCCCGCCGAGCAAUGAGCCGGAGCCGGAGCCGACCGAGAGCGAGUUCGACCGUCUCAGAGAAGAGGUGGAGCGCCAGUUUUUCCUCAACAGCAACCCAAAGAUCAGGUACCUCAAGAAGAUGCUGAGGGACGAGCUCGUCGAGACGACGGUCCCACCGCCCCCAGAACCAGAGGACGAGUGCGGGGGGUGUGGAGCCGGCCACUAUUGCCACCCGUUCCACCCGGACUGCGAGGCCAGCGCGAACUGUGCUGAGGUCACCUACGUCUGCUCGCCCGUCAGAACGACCACCGAGGAGCCGGUAGUCAGCUACUAGAAGGUUGGAGGCCCCCCCACGCUCUCGGAGUCGUUUCGAUGUUCGAGGCAGUUUUGGGCGUAAAUCAUUGAAAUUUGAAUGUUUUAAAACAUCCAUUAAAACACAAACUAACAACGACUUUACUUAUCAUACUUUUUACUUAACCUAAGAAUAUUCUAAGAAUGAAUCGCUUGUUUGCUUUAGGCAUUGAGAUGGGAUUACGACCCCCCUAAAGAGAGAAAAAAAAAAUAUUGAGAAAAGAGCUCAAUGGGUUGAUUCAUAUCAUUUACUCUUUCAUGUCAUUUUUGGUUGUCAUGGUUUCGCUUAGUAGACAUGGAUUGGAUGACAAAACCGUGAAUUGAUAGAAAAGAAAUUAUUCAGAGUAAAAGUAUGAGUUGUAUUUUUUUUUCUUAGAAAGUAUCUUUUUAGGACUUACUGGAAUCGAGUUUAAAAACAGGAAACAUAAUUUUUGUAACCAACCAAAAUUGGAGAAACAAAAAAAGUAGGUGACAACCAUGGGCAAGCUACUUGGUUUUACAUAAAUUUGGACGUACCAGUGAAACAAUUUGUUUUGAGGCUAACUAAUAAAAUUAAUCAUCAAAAAUAGAGGAUUAAAUUCUGUAAGAAACAUUAAAAAAAAAAAUUAAAUGAACGAAGGCCGCAAGAAUCGAUGACGUC